AUGAUCACAACCAGUAUAGAUGGACCGAGCGCCUCGUCUCCAGUGAGCAGUAUUGAUCGUGAUCAACAUCAAAAACAAAACCAACCGAAAGCUAGUACUCCUCCCACGAUCCCCUCACGAAAGAGGAAGCCUGCUGCUAUGCCUCCAGUUCCUGAAAAGCCUACGACACUUACCUCAAGUCGAAUCAGACGACGAGCUAGGCUUACAGAACACACAUUUGAUGCCAUCAGCUCCAGCAACCAGAGCAUAGACAGUGAAACAAGCCAUAGUAAUGAUGAUAUACAUGAAAAAAUGUCAGAACUACCAGAUCUAGAAUCUCAAACCCAUCACGAAUCAGAUCGACCUACUAUUUUCCCCACAAGUCGUCAUGAGCUUCUCGAAGAACGACUCCAACCACAUAAUAAAGACACUGUAUCAGUACAGCAAACAUCAUCAGAAUUCGAGCUAGCUCAUGCGAGGAUACUUGAGCGACGAGGUGGUAAAACCAUACGAAAGCCAAGUGAUGAGAGUCUCGCAAUGACUGCAAUGUCUACUAGUGCUAGUGCUGGUACUGCACCUUUCAAUAAGAGCACUUCACCAUCCAAAAAGAGUAUCGCGUCUACUAAUAAGAGCGCGACGUCAAAACAAGAAGACCUACUCUUUUCUUUGACUGGGUUACCUGGUCAACGACCGCCUUUGGUAGCGCUCGUAUCAAUACAGGACAGCGGACAGAUUCUUCCACCCGCACCUUCAUCUAGUAAACAAAGCAGUCAUAGUACUGGUCGUGGUGGUGAUGAUACCUUGCAUGUCGUUCCUAUAUACGCAGGGUAUGCUAUAUAUGACUUCACGCCCGAUCCAUCAGCUACAGAAAUGUUGAGCUUGACUAGUGGUGAAUGUGUGACGGUCUUUGGUUGUAAUGACAUUAAGGAAACUUUACUCGCUAUGCGACAAGGUGGUGGUGUUGCCAUGAAUGUGGAAGUCAGUCCUGGAUGGUGCCAGUGUGAGAAUGCCAGUGGAAUGGUUGGUUUUGUACCGUUGAGCUAUCUACAGUUCAUGGGUGCACCAUCAGCUCAAGAUGAAGACCAUGACGACUUCUACGACAAGGACGACGACGAACCUUUACUAUCGUCUUCACCAGAUGAAGAUGCUCCAAUAAACGCACUAUAUCCACGAAACUCAAUGAUUGGAGAUGCCGAUACACUGACCAGCAGUAACUGGGAAAGACUACUGUCCCUUGAUCAACAACCAACGUUGGCGUACGCUUCACCGCUCGCAAAUAUCUCAUCAGUCGCUGGUCUCGUAGCUGGCAAAUUGCAAGGCACAUUACGUCGAAUAUUCCUCUCAAUGUUUUCGGAUAAUAGUCUUCACGAGUAUAUUAGUACUGGUGGGGUUGGAGGGCCUGAGGGUCGUUCUGGAGGACGCUCGUUGCAAACUACUGAUAGUGAUGAUGAUUCUGCUCGAGACCGUCACUACAUCACGGCUGGCCCCAAAUGGCAAGGCACAAUUCCACCUUUUCUCAUCUCAGUUCGAAGGCCAGUCAAGAGGCGUAUUCUUGACCAAAGUCAGCAGGUGGUUCUAGAAGAAUUCGUCACGUAUCGCAUCAACUCUUGGUUCCCAGAUGAUGUAGCGGAAAGCUCGGCUCAUAUACCAAAUCAGACCUCAUCGUAUCAUGUGAUUACCGUAGAUCGACGCUUCAAACAAGUCGAAUGGCUUCACGACCGUCUACUUGAACGAUUUCCGCCACCAUCUAUCAUACUACCAUCUAUUCCAAGCAAAAACUAUGCAGUAAACUCUGGAUCCACGAGAUUCGAUGUAGCAAGAGUUGAACGUCGUAGACGAGAGAUUGAAGUAUACUUGUCAUCCGUUAUUCAUCAUCCAGUUCUACGGAACGAACCAGCAGUCUUAUUCUUCUUGUCUUGUGGUGGCGAAAAGCGCUCAUCGAUACCCGGCAAUGUCUUUAGCAGGGAGUCGAGACGCUGGAUUGAUGAUAUGCUUGUAUUUGAGAAUACGCUUCCCUCAGCAGAAGGACUAGAUGAGAGCGAAUGGAAGAAGGGAAUCUCAAAGUUUAGUAAUGCUGUUAUUGUCUCUGGUGGGAAUAGGGCGCCAUCCAUGUUUGAUGCUGGGAAUAUGUCUGCUACAUUCUUCAAACGGGUUUAUCAUCCUGAAUUCAAUGUACCUGAAGACGGUGAUCCAGUAGCCAUGUCUCGAUUUGGAACACAUCUAGAACUCUUUCAAAAACAUGUCGUUCCGUUUUUGGAGGCUGGUCAGCGUCAUGAGGCUGUCGUUGAUGCUUUGUCGAAACAGUAUUCAGCUCUCGCUACCUCGAUGGACUCGUUGGCGCGAGGGACCUCCGCUGACAGGGAUGAAGAUGGACGCAAUAUUCGUAGUCUCUCUUGGUGUUGGCGUGAGGGUUGCAGAGAAUGUUUUGCAUUUGGUCAAGGAAUGGUGGCUGCUGCUAGUCAUUUGCAUUCCAUCUCGAACAUCGCCAGGACUCAGACCAAAACCACCUUGAAUCCCUUCUUGAUCGUGAUCAAGUCCUACUCUUCACUACUAAUGGGAUAUACACCUCUAGUCCAAAUGCAUGGAUUUGCUUCAGACCGAUAUGAUGAACUUGUUGAACGAGACCUUACUUCAACGUCAUCCACAUCAUCCACAUCAGCCUCUGCUAUAUUAAAUAAUGCCACAAGGGCACGUAUAGGAACCAUCUUUAACGUGACUUUGGCGGAAAUGGAACGAUUACAUUCAGAACGUCGUGUUAUGCUUGAAACGGGUAUGAAGGAAUGGCUUAAUAAUGCUAUUGAGUCACAACAGGCCGUGUUGAAUGAGUUGAUUAAAGCUAGAGAUGCACUUUGUAGAUAG